CAACGCGUUCGAUGGGUCGAGCGAAUUUUACUGAGAAUGUUAUUAUAAUGCACAUUAAUUAGAUGUUUUACGCCUUUUGUGCAGGAGUUUCGGUUUUGUCAACAGUACCCCUUGUUCAAGAAAUAAGCCGUAAUUAACUGGAGUCAGUGGAAUGUAAGUAUUCCUACUAAAAGUCGAGUUCGUACACUGACACGGAAAAGCCUUAAUUUUAGCGUGAACGGAUAGGCAAGGCAAGACGCGGAAAUCGCCUUUGUAAUGUAUUUUGGAGGGUUCCUAUAUGUAUCAACUGAAGGCUACGCGCAGUAAUAGAAACUUCGUGGCGAGCUACUCGUGCAAUUGACAGAGACACGGCAGUUAUGAGCCAGGUAGGGGGUCUUACAGGGAACCUCCUUUCCGAGAGUUUUAGUUUCCGAGUACAGACCGUGUUCUAGAGUAUUUUCUUUGGUUUCACUGAAAAUGCGAAGGGAGAAAAAAUGAAACCAAGAUGGGAACUGUUUGCAAACUGGCAGCCCUUUCUCCACCACAUAAGAACCUUAGUAUUAUACUUCGUUACAACAGCAGAUGAAAGUGUGUUACUAAAUAAGAUGGAGCGGGCAGGCUGGGUGGAGGAUGAGUUUGCCUGUCACAGGGGAGAGUGGGGGAGGCUGCGCUGUGUUUGGCCAUUGGUGGAGAGGGUAUUUGGGGUGCAACUGGACAGUGGGGGUGAAGGAGGGAUGGAAACCCUGGCUACAGAUGGACAGAUGUGGCUGAAGAUGAAGGGAAGCAAGAAAGAGGUGGAGGAAGCAAAGUUGUUUGUGAAGGGGCAGGUGAACGAGGCGAUGCAGCAGCAGGUGUCGUACCCCGAGCUCCUGUACUCUGUGUUCUGUGGUGCCGGGGGGCUCUUCCUGGACUGCAUCAUGAAAUACACCUGCGCUUUUGUCCAGAUGAGUCUGAAAUACACCUGCGCUUUUGUCCAGGUGGGGCCUCCAGGCAAUCUAAUCAUCUCUGGUUUAGAGGAGCCAGUGGUGCGGGCCUGCUCUCUCAUCCUGGACCUGGUGGAGAAGUAUGAGCACACCCAAGGGUGGAGCACCGAGGCUGGGGCCGGGCCAGCAGGCGGGCCCCUGGAUUCCUGUCGGGCCUUCAGGUCUCUGGUGGAAAAGUGGGAAGACCAGCACACUCUGGAGCUGCUCGGCCUGCCUGCCCAGCUGAAGGAAACCCUGCUGGCCCUGGUGAAGGAGUCUGGACUGGACCCAGCCAAGGAACCACACAGGGGGCCCGCAGCGAUGGACAGAGUGAGGGAAAGACAGAGAGAGGGGGAGAGGGAGGGAGAGAGGGAAAGAGAGAAAGAAGAAGAGAGGGAGGGAGAGAGCGAGGAGUUUUUGGUUAGGCAAAAGGAAAAGCAAGUGUGGCAGAGAGAAGGGGUGGGGGCUACUCCAGAACAUUCCGAGCAGCUGAGGGGAAGGGAGAGGAGGAGAGGAAAAGGGGCUCACACACACACUCCGAGCCCAACCCAACUGCACACUCCACAUGCCCCCCUGCCAAGAAAAACCACCCCCCCCUCAGUGAGAGGACCUCCUCAGCACCCCGACCCUCCCGCCCCCCUUACCCAGCCCACCACAGCUCACAGGACCAAACACUUCACCCCGGCAACCAUUGUCACUGGGGAGCAGCGAUUCCAUGAGGGCUUACAGACGCCCUUUGACCUCCAGCUGGCCGAUGACCCCGGCGACCCCAACCUGAGUCAGGUCAUCAUAGACGGGAGCAACGUGGCCAUGAGCCAUGGUCUGGGUCUGUUCUUCUCCUGUCGUGGGAUUGCUCUGGCUGUUCAGUACUUCUGGAACAGAGGUCACCGCAGGGUCACCACAUUUGUCCCGCGAUGGAGGCAGAGGAAGGACCCAAGGGUCAAAGAGUAUCAGUAUCUAUCACAGCUGCAGAAUCUGGGUUGUCUCUCUUUCACUCCAUCUCGAGAGGUUCCAGGGAAAAUUAUAAGCUCUUAUGAUGACAGAUUCAUGCUGCAGCUGGCUCAGGAGACAAACGGAGUGAUUGUGACCAACGACAACCUGAGAGACCUUUUGGAUGAAUCUCCCGACUUUAACAGAAUCAUUAGAAACAGGCUGCUGCAGUACACGUUUGUUGGGGAUCACUUCAUGGUCCCCGACGAUCCGCUGGGCCGAGCAGGACCCCACCUGAAUGACUUCCUGCGCUCCAGACCCAGAUCGCCAGCCUCAGGCAGUCACACCGGUGCCGGUUUGGCCCCGCCCUUCUCCUCCACACCCCAGGUGUCUUACAGACAUGCUCAGACAGAGGCGCUGCAGGACCACUCCCAGCCAGCGGGGGCAGCAGGGAGACAGAGGCAGGCUGCAGACCCCGCUGUGCUCAGAGAGCACCUCUUACAGAGGUUCCCCGGGCAGGACAGCCUGGUGACGCUGGCAAUUCAGUGUAACCCUGACAACAAUGACAUCACCUCUCUCUCCCACAUCAUACAGAGCAUGCAGAGAGAGAGAGCAGAAGACAGGUAGGGAGAGAAAGAGAGGGAGAAACAGAGAGAGAGAGGAUGGAGGGAAGGAUUGGCAGGAGGAGGUGGUUUGGGGCGCUGAGAAAAGAGAAGGGGGUCAAUGCAGGAAAGAGCAGAUGAUGAAGAUGAUGGAAAGAAAGCAUUCACAUUUUUAAACAUUCCAGUUGGCCAAUGAGAGAACAGCUGGGUGGGGUUAUGCAUAUUUAUUAUAUUGAUUCUCAUGGGAGAAUUACUGUUACCAUUAAUCAAAUAGAUGGCCCUCUCCUCAAAAAGAUCUAGCUGCAGCCGAUAGAAGCCCCCUUUUAUGGAGAGACUGAGUGCGUUCCAAACGCUUAUUUUUUUACUUUCUUUCUUCCUUGCCUUCUUUCCUACUAUGGGAGGCCAAACGGGUCAAAUAUAAAUAAAUAAAUAUGUGGAAUUGACAUCUGGAAUUGCGUGUUGUCUAUGUGGGUGCAUUCCAAUGGCUUAUUUUAUUCGUCCUUUGUCUCAGAGGUCCUUGGCAGACCUGGAAAAGUAUCCACCUCUCCCCAUCUGCCAUGUCUGUAAUUGAUGUGGUUUCUAGCUGACGCUUGAAAGAGCAAAGACGUUCCAGCUCUUAUAAACGUUUCCUCGAUUCCUCAGUUCCCACGUCCUUCCCUUGCGUUCUCUGGCGGGUGGAGCUCGGAGCAAGGAAAAGAAGCAAGGAGAAAAGAUAAGCUAAUGGAAUGAGUUGAUGUUGACAAUGUGUGUUUCCAGAUGUCAAUUUCACAUAUUUUUGACCCGUUUGGCCUUCCAUGUUAGGAAAGGAAGAAAAAUAAGCGGUUGGAACACAUCUUCGCUAUUCCACACUGUGCAGGUGACUUUUUCUAGAUGUUGCCAUUUUUAUUUGGAGUAGUUUUUGUUAGGAGAUUUGUAUCAUUUUUUUCUAUAACUGCCAGAAGGUAUUUUGAUUGACAGCCUUUUUAAGUUGGGUUAGUUGAUUCUGCAUAUAUUGUGAUUUUUUUUCACACGGAGCUGUUUAUCACAUUGUUUUAGGGCUUGAAAGCAUAAGUGGUGUCUCGGUCAUUUGGGUGUUUAUGAUUUUUGUUUGACAGCUUUCUUCAGUUCUUUUUUGAUGAAGCACAUUCUCUGUCCAACUAUCUUUUUUUUUUUUUUUGCUUUGUACUUGGUUUUCUAUUUCUUAAAAUUUUCAUUUCAGAUUUCUUUUCCAAUUGUACAAAUAUGUUAUUCAAAUCUCGUGUGGCCAAAUGUAUGCUUUUAAAUUAAAAUUGCGCGCAUAUUUCUUCAGAACAUAAUGCUGGAUUAUAAUCAUUAAUACUCUGUUGGGUUGUUGCGACCGACGGCUAGCUUCCGGUAGCACGGCUACACACACAUUAUCCACUAUCAGUACUCGCGGUCAUACAGCGCGGGUGUAGCACUUGCGUCUGGGUCAAAGGGUGUGUGUGCGUGUGCGCGUGUGUGUGUGUGCGCGCGCGCGCGUGCGUGGACAGUGGCUGUGGGCUAUUCAAAUUUAAUUUCAUAAUAGUUUCUUUACCGGUAAUGGUGUGUUUGUUAGUGGGUGCACACAUUACGGACUAAUUUAUCCAUAUUUUACACACAUAACAACCGCAUUGCAAACAAACCAGCAUUUUUCCGGUAACAAAACACGUGCACUGGUUCACUCAAGUUCACAUUUUACUUAUCACAGUGUCGGUUUUUGCUCGUCUUCGGCGCCGGCUUUGUUCUUUGUUUGCGGUUUGCCCAUAGGUUGUUUAAAGGUGGGUUUGCCACUUCCCGCGUUCUCCGACACUUCCUCAUUUUCGCAAUGCGAGGACCCAAACCGAGGCAAACCUUCAGGUGGCUUUAAAAAUGCCUGCAACCCUCGGCACCUGCGCAGUUGCUCCACUAAAGUGUAAAUCCCACCAGCGAAGUAGCCGUAGCGGCUGCCAUUUAUUUGUUUGAUGAUGUAAUGGGCAGGAAAAAGAAGAAAAAAAACCCAAGUUUGAGUCUUUAUUGUGCGGACGUGUGAAGUUGUUAGUGAAUUCUGCCUGUUGACAUGAGGUCAGAAGGUACAGAAAUGAAUGUUUUUUUUUCUGCAGGGAACCCUGAAAAGUGACGAGCUCUUGGUGCUGUGUAUAGGUACGGGGCAUGCUGCCCCGUGUGUUCCCCUUUAUGCCAUAUCAGGAUACCCACUGAAUCUUUGCCGUUCGUGACAUGGCCACGUUUUAAGGAGGGCAUGCUGCGUUCUAUAUAAUUAUUUGGAAAGUUAGAAUAUUAAAUGUUUUUGAUUCAAUGUU